AUGGCGGUGCUGUGGAACGCCCCCAUGAUGCCGCGCCUGCAGCAGAACACGUCGCACAUCGUGCUGACGGCGGACGAGGCGUCGUGGAUGACGUCGGUGCCGCCGCUGGUGGGCAUCGCGCCCAACUUCUUCACCGGCUGGCUGGUGCAGCUGGUGGGCCCGCGGCGCCUGCUGCUCUGCACGACGCUGCCCUUCCUCGUGGCGUCGCUGUGGCAGCGCUUCGCCACCACCUUCGCCGAGCUGCUCGCCACUGUCGUCAUCUGGGGCGUCGGCAUCGGCAUCGUGAUCCCGGUGAGCCCGCAGUAUCAGGUGGAGAUUGCUGAGGAUCGCGUGCGUGGACUCAUGAUCUCGAUGGGCAUGGUCAUGAUGGGUAUCGGCGGCAUCUUGAUGACCAGCAUAGCACCCUACGUGGACUUUUUCACGCUGUGCGAGGUCAUGCUGGCGGUUCCCGUGCUGUUCGUGGUGACCUUCUGGUGGAUGCCUGAGAGCCCGUACUACCUGGUGUCGAAAGGCCGCAUGGAGGAGGCGACGAUGGCGCUGAUGCGGCUGCGCGGGAAGGACUCUGCCAAAGAGGUGGAGGGCGAACUGCAGCAGAUCCUGCGCUCUGCAGAGCAACGCGACCAAAAGGGAGGCAGCGGCACAGCAGAGGCCUUCCGGGAGCUGCGGCGUAGCGCUUCGGCAAGGAGGGCGCUGAUGAUGGCGCUCGUGUUCGCUGGGCUGUACAACCUGUGCGGCAGCUCCGCAAUGACCGCGAACGCGACACAGAUCUUCCUGUGGAGCGGCAGCGCCAUGGACUCGGACGUGUCCACCAUCAUCCUCAGCAGCAUCCAGCUGGCGUCCUCGCUGGCUGGCUCGCUGGUGGUGGACCGCCUAGGCAGGCGGCCUGUGCUUCUCACGUCCUACCUCGCAGCCGCCAUCUCUGUCACCGUCGAGGGUGUCUACUUCUACCUCAGGGAACACGCCGACCAGGACGUCAUAGAGCCUCUCGGAUGGCUGCCACUCACCGCUCUCGUGUGCUUCUUCGUGACCUACAACAUGGGCGCCCACGCGCUCACGUGGACAGUGGUCAACGAGAUCGUGCCGACCUCGAUCCGAGGUCUCGCCAACUCAGCAGUGGCGGUGUUGACGGCGGUUGUCACUUUCGCCAUCAUGAAGCUCUUCCAGAUCGUCUCGUCGGCUCUCGGCACCUACGUCCCUUUCUGGUUCUUCGGAGCAUGCGCCUUUGCAGAAUUCAUAUUCACGUUCUUCUUGAUUCCAGAAACGAAGGGCCGAACGCUCGAGGACAUAAGUGCCGAGAUGAGGGGGAAGGCAGCCGGAGGGACAGAGACGGAUGGGAAGACAUCAGUUCUAGGACGAAAUCCUUGA